ACCAAACCUUGACACCCACCACCUUCAUCUAUAUCCUACCUAUAGCUAACCUCUUUCAUUUAAUUUCCUUACUCUCUACCUUUAAUUAUUUAAUGGGUGAUAGUAACAACAAUGUUAAUCUUCCACCAGGGUUUCGAUUUUAUCCAACUGAUGAAGAACUUGUGGUCCAUUUCCUUCAUAGAAAGGCCUCUCUUUUACCUUGUCAUCCUGAUGUUAUCCCUGAUCUUGACCUCUACCCCUUUGAUCCAUGGCAACUUCAAGGUAGAGCUUUGGAAGAGGGGAACCAAUGGUAUUAUUAUAGUAGAAGGACACAAAAUAGAAUUACUAACAAUGGUUAUUGGAUGCCAAUGGGAAUGGAAGAACAAGUUGUAACAAGUUCAAGCAAUAAGAGAGUUGGUAUGAAGAAAUAUUAUGUUUUUCAUAUUGGUGAUGCACCUAAUGGUAGCAAAACUAAUUGGAUAAUGCAAGAGUAUCGUCUUUCUGAUUCCGCUUCUUCUUCUUCUUCAAGAUCAUCGUCCAAAAGAAAAUCACACCCGAAAUCGGAACAUAGUAGGUGGGUGAUAUGUCGAGUUUAUCAACGCGAUGAGGAUGACGAUGAAGAUGGAGAUGGAACUGAAUUAUCUUGUUUGGAUGAAGUUUUUUUAUCAUUGGAUGAUCUUGAUGAAGUAAGCUUGCCAAAUUAGAUGAUGCAAAUGCAAAUGCAAUGCAAGUGAUGAUAAUACUAUAGAGAGAAAGAGAGUUGAAUUACUAGCUACAUUUUCCAUUUUCCAAAUGUGAGAUAAUUAAAGGUUUAAGCUAAUUGUUGUUGUUAUCAAUAUGAUUAAUUAAUUUUCUUUUUUUUAUUGUAGUUACUUAAAUUAAAUGUAAUCAGUGAAGUUGCUAUAGCUAUAGAAUUGUAUUACAUAGCUAGCAGGCCUUUGAAGUGGGGCACUAUAUGAAAUGAAAUUCAUGACCAAACAAUAUGCAAUA